AUGCUCGAAAGUCAUCCAAGUGAUGUACCUAUUGAGGCUAAUUCUCACUUGAAGUGCAAGGAUGGAGAACCAGUUGAUAAAGGACAAUACCAGCGACUAAUUGGUCGGAUGAUUUAUCUCUCUCAUACUUGGCCUGAUAUAGCAUACGUGGUGACUCUGGUGAGCCAGUACAUGCAUUUAGAGGCAGCAUAUCAUAUUCUAAGAUAUUUGAAAUCUGCCCCUGGCAAAGGAGUCCUUUUCUCUUCACAUGGCCAUUUGAAAGUUGAAGCUUUAAUUGAUGCUAAUUGGGCUGGUUCGCCUGAUGAUUGCAUGUCCACAACUGGCUACUGCACGUUUGUUGGAGGUAACCUUGUGAACUGGCGAAGCAAAAAGCAGACUGUGGUUGCAAGAUCAAGUGCAGAGGCUGAGUUUCGAGCCAUGGUGCAUGGCAUUUGUGAGUUGCUCUAG